AUGACAGAGAAGUCCAGCAAACAACCUGCGCUUGUCAAUAUUCCAUCUCGUACCUCCUCAAAUCAGAAAUUUUCUGAGCUUAAUUCCACCGUACCUGCAGCUCCCGCCGUCCCCAAUGAACCUCCUCCGUCGCCCAGAAGAGGUUCCAAACGCAGCCUCCUGAGCAGAAGUAGGAACAACAGCAAAAGCAGUCGAAAGUCCGCCAGAGCUGCCCGCACCGCCGAUUCCUCCAAGGAACCCAUUCCCAGCCUUCCACAAAACGAAGCAUCUCGACCCGAAAAGAAAACACGAUCUGGGUUUCUCGCCUUCCUCAAUUGUUGCAGUCCGCAAGAGGAUUUUGAUGCUUCAAAGUCGGAUGAUCCUGACGUCGCCGCAAAGAAAAUCAAAAUUCAACCCACUGCCCAACGGGCGCCUCGCCCUCAAGAGCACACGGAAGUGACGGAGAACGAAAAGCCUUUGGAGAAGGUGGGUACUGAGGCCAAUUCGUCUCAAGGUGCGACCGCAAGCGAGAGGAAUGGCGAGCUUUCAGAGAAGAAUCCGCUCGAAGACUCCAGGCCGAAGAUUUCAAGUGAAGAGGCGACCCAUCAACGAGUCGCCCCAGUAUCUAGUGGCACGAUACCCAAUUCCACUCUUAAAGAUGCUGGUUCUUCGGAGCACGAGGUAGCUUCGAGUAGCCAACAGGAUCAGUUGAAGACGACAACUCUUGUUUUGCCUGAUCAAAUCACGGCCCCGAAUGUGAAUAUCAUCAGUCCGACACCUGUUGAGCCUGAGCACCCCACCAAUGUUCAAAGGCAAGACGGGAAUAGCAAGAGGAGCAGCGAUGUUGAAAUGCCAGACGCGACAGAUGGGUCUGCAAUCGAAGAAGAGCCUUUGGAUGAGCCACCACAGCCAGCCGAACAACUACCUCAUGCACCUCUUCCUCCACCUCCACCUUUAGUGAAGCGACAAGAACAGGUUGGCACCAAAGAAGUACCUCCUGUGCCAGAAGCGAAUCCCGAAAAAACCGCAUGGCUGUUACCUCCGAUCCAGCCACACCUGCAAGGUCGAAAGUGCCUGGUGCUUGAUUUGGACGAGACACUGGUUCAUAGCAGCUUCAAAAUUCUCAAUCAAGCUGAUUUCACGAUUCCAGUGGAGAUCGAGGGCCAAUAUCACAAUGUUUAUGUGAUCAAAAGACCUGGGGUUGAUGCGUUUAUGAAAAGAGUUGGUGAGCUGUAUGAAGUGGUGGUCUUCACCGCGUCGGUCUCCAAAUAUGGAGAUCCUCUACUAGAUCAGCUCGAUAUUCAUCACGUUGUUCACCACAGAUUAUUCAGAGAGAGCUGCUACAACCAUCAAGGGAACUAUGUCAAGGACUUGUCUCAGGUCGGAAGAGACCUGAAGGAAACGAUCAUCAUCGAUAAUUCACCGACGUCGUACAUAUUUCAUCCACAGCAUGCGGUUCCGAUUAGCUCGUGGUUCUCGGAUGCACAUGAUAAUGAGCUUCUGGACCUAAUACCUGUGCUUGAGGACUUGGCGGGUCCGAAAGUGCAAGAUGUCAGCUUAGUCUUAGAUGUGGCACUAUGA